AUGCAUCAGCCGUGCGCCAAUGGCGCGCAGCAGCGCCAUGUUAACGGUGAGGCCACCAACGGCGAAGUGCCCUCACGCACCAUGGCACAGACUGACCAGGAGAUAGUGCGACUCAUUGGACAGCAUCUUAUAUCCAUUGGACUAGAGCGCAGUGCUGCCCUGCUCAUGGAGGAGUCAGGCCUCCACUUGGAGCACCCCGCAGCGGCCACGUUUCGCCAACAUGUGCUCGCCGGAGACUGGGUGAAAGCUGACCACGACCUGCGCGCCUUGCACGAAUUGCUCAGGGACUCGCCGCUCGUCGAUCCUCAUAGCCUCACAGAAAUGAAGUUCCUAGUCCUGGAACAGAAGUACCUAGAACACCUGGAGGCGGGGCGGCUGCUGGACGCGCUGCACUCGCUGCGCAACGAGCUGACGCCGCUGCAGCACGACACGGCGCGCGUGCACCGGCUGUCGGCGCUCAUGAUGUGCGCGUCCGCCGGGGAGCUGCGCGCGCGGGCUCGCUGGGCCGGCACGGGCCUGGCGUCGCGGCAGGCGGUGCUGGCCAGGGUCCAGGCGCAGCUGCCCCCCGCGCUGAUGAUGGCGCCGGGCCGGCUCCGCGCGCUGCUGGCGCAGGCGGCGCAGCACCAGACGCAGCGGUGCCGCUUCCACUGCGCGCCGCGCCCGCCCGCCGACCCCGAGCGCAUCCCCUUCACGCUGCUGGCCGACCACCACUGCUCGCCCGACGCCUUCCCCAUACACUCCCUGCAGGUACUGAACGAGCACUGCGACGAGGUGUGGUACUGCAAAUGGUCCCCGGACGGCCUGAAGCUGGCGACCGGCUCCAAGGACAACACGGUCAUCAUAUGGGACUUCGACCCCGAGGCUAAACGACUCUCCUUUAGGAAGUCCCUAGAGGGCCACACUUACGGCGUGUCGUUCCUGGCGUGGAGCCCCGACGGGCGGUACCUGAUCGCCGCGGGCCCCGAGGACUGCCCCGACCUGUGGAUAUGGAACAUGGAGACGGAGCUGCUGCACCUGAAGAUGACGCACUCGCAGGAGGACUCGCUGACGGCGGCGGCGUGGCACCGCGCCGGCGACAAGUUCGUGUGCGGCGGCGCCCGCGGACAGUUCUACCACUGCGCCCUCGACGGCACACUGCUGAGCAGCUGGGACGGGGUCCGCGUCAACGCGCUGUGCUGCCGCGAGGACGCGCGCUCCGUGCUGGCCGCCGACACGCACCACCGCGUGCGCCUCUACGACUUCACCGACCUCACCGACCGCAACCUAAUACAAGAGGAGCACGCUGUGAUGGCGAUGACUGUGAACGCAGCGGACAGCCUGCUGCUGCUGAACGUGGCCAACCAGGGCGUGCACCUCUGGGACAUACGAGCCCGAGCUCUGGUCCGACGUUUCCGUGGGUUGAGUCAGGGCCACUUCACCAUCCACGCGUGCUUCGGCGGUGCUCAUCAGGACUUCAUUGCUUCUGGCUCAGAAGAUAACAAGGUUUACAUCUGGCACAUGAACGGCGAGGAGCCGGUGGCGGUGGUGUCGGGGCACACGCGGUGCGUCAACGCGGUGUCGUGGAACCCGGUGCACCACGACGUGCUGGUCUCCGUCUCCGACGACUACUCGCUGCGGCUCUGGGGCCCGCGCUCGCAUCGCUGCUAGUACCCUCCAUGUCCCCGAGCGCCGCCCGCGACCGCCACGAAGCCGCGGACCAUAGAGUAUCUUAUUUAAGUCUCGACUAACUUAAAUUAAGACUUCUAAUAUUACGGACAGAGUUUAAAGAUAUUUUGUAAAGAUGACCGCUUGUGUCUUAUCUUAUCGAGCGCUGAAUCUCGGUGAGUUGUUUGUACUUUCGAGUCGACCGAGGGUCCGGCCCGCGACCCCCGCCGCUCGUGGAACCUCAUUGUAACUGUUCAGAACGACUGUUCAAUAUUUCAUUAAAUCGGAGCUAGUUUAGUUUUAUUAAAAUAUUGUUUGUUUGGCUCAUGACAGUUGUUACUGUGAAUGUCCUCAUGUGCUGUAUCUUUCAAAAGCGCGGGAAGGGAAAUAAAAUUGCCUUUAAUGACAGCGAAUUGUGUAUCUUCGUGUGUUUGAAAGUAACUAUCGCGUUAAACAUUCGGUGAAAUAAAAUGUAACGUCAAAAUUAUAAAUAGCGACUACGCGACGUGUACUCAUCGCAUUUUAUGGAAUGUAUUUCACGUGUUUGUACACGUCCUACUAAACUUUUUGGACUCGAGAUGAAAAUAGUCUUAUGUAAUAAAAUAGUUUCAAUAAGUAAAAAUUUUAUAGGGAAGAGCAUAAAACGGUCCCAGACUGUUCUGGACUCGCCCCCCAGGGUCCGUCGUCUGCUGUUGUUCCGUCAGGGCGCGGACCAGAGUGGUGACGUCAGUGCCAGCUUAACUGUGCACGUACUGAAUAUGUCGUCUACCCUCACACUCACUCGGGAUGACCUCCCAGUGGAUCCGGGGCCCCACUCCGACGGUCAGGAGAGGCAGGCCCGUGGACGAGCACCCGGCAUUAACGACCGGAUAUUUGUGCAAUACUCUUCCCCGAGUCGUCAUCGGGCGAAGAUCGAUGCUCUGCAUGAAUAUGUUGACCGUUUGUUCAGCACGCCGGACUGUGGAACCGCACCGGUGAAUAUGUCGACUAUUGUCGGCACAGCCCAUGCGUUCUGUGGGGGACGGUACUAGUGCGAGACUGCAGGCCGUCCCCUCACCCACGUGAUUCGCUCGGAUGUCGUGAGAAUGUACGCGGACGCUGCAGUGCGACUGCUGGAUGAGUCCGGCGCAGAGUAUCAAACCGCAUGUUGCUGCGGGCCACAGUGUGCCGCCCUGUCGACGGACUGACGUUUGCAUUCAAUUCUAUUUUAUAGACUCAUUUUGAUCUGUUUGAAAUAGUAUGAUUGUAGGGAUGAGCUAACUGCGGAUUGUUGGUUCACCGAGGUCGUCGAAGUUAAAUCACGUACGCAAUUUUUUUCGAAAACUACUAGAACUGCAAUGAAAUCUGCGCCGUUGACCGAUGAAAUUAUGUUUUUAAUUUUUAGGCAUUUUUGUAUAUUAUUUUUAAAUUUUUAGAUUGUAAUCUUAGUUUUUGUAAGUCACGUCUGACGCGCAUCUCUGGGGCACGAUAAAGCUUCGUGUUAGCUGCAGUCCACGGGCGCGACACAGAGGCUGCACACUACUCUGAGUGCGUCGAGGAUCACGACUCUGGCUCGUCCCGCCGAUCGAGCAACACUUCAUUGUUAAGAGGGAGGGAUGUGCGUGAGUAGGGAGUACAAAGGAGUUGUGUUUAUUGUACGAAUUAAAUAUAGAUUAGAAGAACGGCAAGAACGAAGUCAACUUUGGCUAAGUUUGAUUUGUUCUGAAUUAUAAAUAUUGAUAUCAAUAAAUUUUUUAUUGUAAACA